AUGUCAGAUUCACCAUCAAGUCUCUACACUGUUCUCCAGCCUCCCGUAUCAGAUCCAGUCCAACUGGGAGGAGAUACAACUCUGCAGUGUUCAAUACUCACAGAUAACUCUGCAGGAGAUCACAGUGUGUACUGGUUCAGACACGGAUCAGGAGAAUCUGAUCCAGGAAUCAUCUUCACUCAUGGAAACAGGAGUGAUCAGUGUAAGAAAAGCUCUGAGACUGUUUCUCCUACACAGAGCUGUAUCUACAAACUCCCCAAGAACAACCUCAGCCUCUCUGAUGCUGGAACUUACUACUGUGCUGUAGCUGCAUGUGGACACAUCAUCUUUGGGAACGGAACUAAACUGGACUUAACUGGAGGUGGCGCCUCUAAGAUUAACAUCUCAUGUCUAAAUGGUAAAAAGUACGUUCAGAAUGGGGAAAAUAGCUGUAUCUACAAACUCCCCAAGAACAACCUCAGCCUCUCUGAUGCUGGAACUUACUACUGUGCUGUAGCUGCAUGUGGACACAUCAUCUUUGGGAACGGAACUAAACUGGACUUAACUGGAGAAUCACCUUCAAGUCUCUACACUGUUCUCCAGCCUCCUGUAUCAGAUCCAGUUCAACUGGGAGGAGAUACAACUCUGCAGUGUUCAAUACUCACAGAUAACUCUGCAGGAGAUCACAGUGUGUACUGGUUCAGACACGGAUCAGGAGAAUCUGAUCCAGGAAUCAUCUUCACUCAUGGAAACAGGAGUGAUCAGUGUAAGAAAAGCUCUGAGACUGUUUCUCCUACACAGAGCUGUAUCUACAAACUCCCCAAGAACAACCUCAGCCUCUCUGAUGCUGGAACUUACUACUGUGCUGUAGCUGCAUGUGGACACAUCUUCUUUGGAGAUGGAACCAAACUGGACUUAACUGGAGAGAACAGUGAUUUGGACCCAACUAUUAUCGCUUUGGCAACAUCAAACAUCCUGUCAGUAGUUGUGAUUUUAUUUCUCUGCAAAAAGGUACACAACAGUCAUCAUAAAGUUGUUAAAGAUGCUGCUGAAGGUCAGGCUCAAGUACACAAGACUGGAGAAACUGGAGAUCUGAACUACGCAGCUCUCAGCUUUACUCAGCCUCCCUCCUCAAGAAGAAGCAGAACAAAUAACAGCAGUGAUCAGCCUGUGUACUCACAGGUGAAGAGCCAUCAAUAAAAGCAAAAUUAAUAUUAAAAUUACACCUGGAAAGUACUUUUAUUGUAAUUGCUCUGUUUACAGUAUUCAUUUAUUCAUACAAAUAUCCAUAUAUAUUGUACAGUUAGCAACUGUG